UUAUAACUUAUUAUUAUUGUUAGUAUUAAGUAUUUUCAUAUUAAAAAUGGUUGAAGCUGAAACAUUAUUUGAUUUACUUCAUAUGGAGACAGUUUCUUUUUUGCAUAACCAAAAGUGUUCAACUAAAAGCGAAGCAAACACUAAACUUGAACAAAUGGGUUUUCGUGUUGGACACAGUCUUAUUGAGAAAUUUUCUAAAGAUAUGACUCGCUUUAAAGAUGAGCUUGACAUAAUGAAGUAUAUUUGUAAAGAUUUUUGGGUUUUAUUGUAUUGCAAGCAAAUUGACAAUUUGCGCACAAAUCAUCAAGGUGUAUAUGUAUUAGUGGACUCAAACUUCAAACUGCUUAAUAAAAUUACACUAAGUAAACAAUUAGUUACUGAAGCACAAAAGUAUAUAGCUUUCCCAUGUGGUUUAAUUCGUGGUUCUCUUGCAGCUCUUGGGGUGACUUCUUUCGUAACAGCAGAUGUUGCAGAUAUGCCAACAGUAAAAUUCCAAGUUGAAAUCCAAAGAACAUAAUGGUUUGGUCAGUUUUUCUAUAUGUCAUUACAAAUAAAAGUUAUUUUUUGUUA